CCUACAGACCCCCGAUGGCAAUGGCAGAGAGGCCAUUCUCCAUAUUAAAAGUAAUUGUAGCGGCAUCACAGUUCAAAGACCCUAGAUCACUAACGUGGUCAAAGGGAAUCCAUCUCCCCCUAUCCCUAACAAAGGGAAUCCAUUCUACCACACACACGCGCACGCACGCAUGCACGCACGCACGCACACACACACCCCUCUUAUCCUUUUUAAGGUAAAAGAAAAGAAAAAACUGAGGUAAUGAAGUUGACCCUUGAUGACUAAGAGUAGACCUUCAACCCCCCCAAAAACAGAAUCAUGAGACACAGUUAGAGGAUAUGUCUAACGAGAACAUAAUGUUAAUUAAAAGCUUAAAUAUGUAUGUUGGUGUUUUUUUCUUUUUUUCUUUGUUAUAUUUGUUAACAUCAUUAUGACAUUGUGAAAGAAACGAGACUGAAAGUCUGUUUGUGUGUGUUUGCAUUGGUAGUGUGUGUGUGUGUGUGUGUUGGGCACAUUGUGUGUGUUAGGCACAGUGUCUGUGCUUGGAUGUGUGUGUGUGUGUGUGUGUGUCCGUGUACGUGUGUGUGUGUGUGUGUGUUCACGAGGAUGGAGUCAGCUGCCUGUUGGUGUUCAGAAAUUGCCUUCACAUGAGCAUCUAAUGGCUCUUAUUCUAUUUCCAAUCAGCGGGAGCCACAGCAAACGUCUCGUGUCUCAGCUCCCACUUUCUGUCUUCUCUCUCUUUUACUCCCUCCCUUUCUCGCUUUCUUUCCUUCUCUCUAUCUACAUCUCUCUUUCUCUCUCCACCCCCCCCUUCUUUUCACUACCAUUCCUUCAAUAAGUCCACCCUCUCUGUUUUGGUUUUCUCUCUAUCUUACUCUCUCUGUUCCUCCUCUUCUUUCUUUCACUCGGUCUCUUCCCCGUCUUUUCCCUCCCUUUUCCCUCUCUCCCUUCCUCCCUCUCUCCUGCUGUAUCUCUCUUUCCCUUCUGCUCUCAUUCACACACUCCCUCUCCCUCACUCACUCACUCUAAGAGUACGGGUGUUCCAGAGUUCACUUGUGUUCAGGAGUUUAUCCUGUGCUCUCAGUGGACCUAUGGCUCUUGACAAGAAAAGCAAUGGACUGGACAACUUUGCCUUUGCAGUGGAUGGAGCCGAACAUUUCAGUGAACUCCCUGAAGGCAACGUUCUGUCUGGGGAGAAUGACAGGGACAAGCUGGUCUACUGCGUGACAGACGUCCCUCCGUGGUACCUCUGCAUAAUCCUGGGAGUUCAGCAUUGUCUGACUGCCUUUGGUGGGAUCAUAGCCAUCCCGCUCAUCCUGUCGCAGGGUCUGUGUCUACAGCACGAUAGCCUGACCCAAAGCCAUCUCAUCAGCACCAUCUUCUUUGUCUCGGGGAUCUGCACCCUGCUUCAGGUCAUGUUCGGAGUCAGGUUGCCCAUUCUGCAGGGCGGGACGUUUACCCUCCUGGCCCCCUCCAUGGCACUGCUCUCCAUGCCAGAGUGGGCUUGCCCCGCCUGGACCCAGAAUGCCACGCUGGUCAACACGUCCUCUCCCGUCUUCAUCGACGUCUGGCAGAGCCGCAUGCAAGUUCUGCAGGGGUCCAUCAUGGUGGGCUCCCUCUUCCAGGUGUUGGUGGGCUUCUCAGGUCUGAUUGGUCUCUUCAUGCGCUUCAUUGGGCCCCUCACCAUCGCUCCCACCAUCUCCCUCAUUGGCCUCUCUCUGUACGAUUCAGCUGGCAUGAAUGCGGGCAACCACUGGGGCAUUGCUGCCAUGACAACCUGCUUGAUCAUUCUGUUCUCUCAGUACCUCCGACAUAUUGCCGUGCCGUUUCCUACCUACAAUAAAACCAAGAAGUUUCACACCACCAAGAUGUAUAUUUUUCAGAUUCUUCCUGUGCUCCUUGGCAUCACACUUUCCUGGUUCAUCUGCUUCGUUCUCACCAUCAGCAAUGUUCUGCCCUCCGACCCCUCCCAGUAUGGUCACUUGGCACGCACCGACAUAAAGGGAGACGUCAUAGGCCGAGCACCUUGGUUCACCUUUCCAUACCCAGGACAGUGGGGGCUGCCAACUGUGAGCCUGGCGGGUGUGUUUGGGAUCCUGGCAGGGGUGAUAUCCUCGAUGAUUGAAUCUGUGGGCGACUACCAUGCCUGUGCCCGUCUCUCUGGGGCUCCUCCUCCGCCUAAGCAUGCCAUCAAUAGGGGCAUUGGCAUGGAGGGGCUGGGGUGCCUGCUGGCAGGGGCCUGGGGUACGGGCAAUGGCACCACGUCCUACAGUGAGAACGUUGGGGCUCUGGGCAUCACUAAGGUGGGCAGUAGGAGUGUGAUUGUUGCCAGUGGUUUCCUCAUGGUCGUCAUGGGGAUAUUUGGCAAAGUCGGAGCCAUAUUCACCACUAUCCCCACCCCUGUGGUCGGAGGGAUGUUCCUGGUCAUGUUCGGUGUCAUAUCUGCUGCAGGAGUCUCUAAUCUCCAGUACGCUGACAUGAACUCCUCCCGCAACAUCUUCAUCUUUGGCUUCUCCAUGUUCACUGGACUGGUCAUUCCCAACUGGAUACUCAAGAACCCCGGAGCCAUUGCAACAGGUGUUGUUGUGAUAGACCAGGUGCUACAGGUGCUGCUGACAACCAGCAUGUUUGUUGGUGGCUUCUUUGGGUUCAUCUUUGACAACACCAUCCCAGGCACCAAACGUGAGCGGGGCAUCAUCUCAUGGAACAAGGCUCACGAGGAGGACUCAAACAUCACCAUUGAGAGUGAUGAGGUGUACGGCCUGCCCUUUGACCUCAGCGCUCGCUUCUUCUCCUCGUCCUGCGUGCGAUAUGUCCCCUUCUGCCCUUCUCCAAGCAGCAGCCCGUCUGAGGGCACCCCAGAGAGCUCAGAUUCUCUGGACGUUCUCAAGGAUUCCGCCAAGAAGGACUCCACACAUAUCAUAGCCUCAGUGGACUUUUAAUAGCUGUGGCUGCCCCCUGUGGUUUGGGCUGGAAUGGCAACUCAGGCAGGUGACUGGGACAUUUAAUUCAGCUUGAAAGGAUCCCUGGUCAAAUGUGUUUCGCUCGUGUCAACAGAAUAUUUUAUACUGCUUUCAGAUUUUGUAUUCUUAAUGGACAUUUGCCUAGUCUGUGUCCUGGCAUUACCGAAUGUUAUUUGGAUUCUUUUUUGUUAUAGGAAAUUAUUAAUUUAACUUUUCCUUUGAAAAGUGUAUAGUAAAGUAUAUUAAGUAUAUAAAGUAUAACUUUAUUAAAGUUACUUCUACACAAAUCGUUUUGUUUUGGUGCUGUUAAAUAGGUUUAAAAAGAGUUUUAACAACAUCAGGCACCAUGAAAAUAAUUUCCUGAAACGAGAUUCAGGAUAUUUCACUAAUGCAAUAAAAUGUAAUGUAUUUUUUAUAGUUCUACACACAUGUAUGUGUUCUCUUUUGUAGUCAUUGUAAUUUUGGAUUAAAGCUGAUUGAUUGUGCAA